UCGGGAAGGCGGAUCCAAGGAGGGGGAGGUUACAGUGUUUGUGUGUAUCUCGGUGCUUCCUCAAACCGGUAGAAGCUUGAGGGGAGCCAGAGGGGGGGUAGCUAGGUUCUUGUGCUGAAGCUGCUUUAUACGAACGGAGACAUCACCUGAGCUGGUGGCGGAGGUGGGACUGCCCAUGGGCUGCACCACCGAGCUCUGCGGCCCCGGAGAAGGCGACAUGCUCCACUCUGAUGGACGCUUUGGGCAGAGACCCAUAACUGCUUACUGUGCACCCUCGGUUACAAGAAGAAUGUUACUUUUAUAGAUUGUCAGUUCAGAAGAAGCUCUUUCUUUGUCAGGUGUAAACUGUUUUCUCUAAGGAAGCCAUUACACUAUGGAGCCUGAAAUCAUCCGAAUGUAUUCGUCUUCCCCUCCUCCUCUUGACUGUGUGGCUGACGAUGAUGACGAGGAUGAGUUUGGCGAAUUUGGGGGCUUCUCUGGAGUCGGUAACUCUGGAAUGGGUUUUGCUGAAUUUGAAACUGUUAAUUAUUCCAAAUCCCAAGAGGAGUAUAUUCCAGCUAAACACGUUUUGCCUAUUCAAGAUUACUCUGACAGUUUGAACAACUUCGCUAGCCUUACUUCUGUCAAAGACACCGGCAACAUCUUGGAGAUUGGUUCUCAAAAAGGACAACACGGAGAAGUAGACACACAUGCAAGUUAUGAAUCAAAUCUGUUUAAUGUUGCUGCAUUUGAUAAUAAAGAAAACUCAGGAGAGAAAAUAAAAAAGGCUGAUUUGUAUUCAAACUUUGUAAGUCCUGUGUCUUCUGGUGACAGUACAGAGUUCAUAAGCAGAAGCCUUGAUCCACUCGAUGUAACUUGUAAUGGUGAGAAGGUGCACUGUGAAGAGAACCUUACAAAUGGCUUUGCAGCGAGUGAUUCUGUCAGUCCUCAGGGAAUAGAAGAUCAGGACAGCAUUGAUGAUUCUAAGGGAUAUAACACCAUUGCUACGCAUAGUGCUGACCCAAGCAGUAACUUUGUAACCAGUAAAGCAGUGGACUUUGCAGAUUUUUCCACAUUUCCAAAAAAAGACUCUAUACAUUUAGGGGGCACAGAGCUCAAGUCACAUAAUGGUAUAUAUGAAGGGCAAGCUUUAAGUAUUACAAGUAGUAGUCAAUUAUGUAGUGUAGAGAAUGGUAGCUCCCAAAUAAAGGAAGUAGUUACACAUAUCUCUGAAAACGGGGAUGAAAUUAAUACCUUAGCUCUUUCAAAUUGCACUUCAGCAACAGGCCUAAUCAUAGCUAAUGUUGUACCCCUUGACAAUGUUGUACCCCAUGACAAUGUUGUGAUUGCGACAGACAUCAAUACUGCUGAAAAAGUUCCUGUACCAUUAGCAGCCACUGAGGAAACCAUUGGCAAACUUGCAGACGGGGAAGUGCAGAAAGAAGUUUUAGAAACCACUGAUGACAAUGGUUUUACUCCUCAUGAUAAUGCAGCAGAGGGCACAGAGAAUGUUAAACAUAUAUCCAAGAGCAACCUAGAUAACGGUGAGCAUAGUUUGACAAUUGACAGUAGUAGUGUGUCUGAAGCUCCUUGUGCAAAUUCACUUCCAUGUCUUACGGACUCAAGUGACUCCAAUAACACCUCUAAUGGAAUGUGGGAUGAUAAAGAAAAUGACCUGAGUGAUGAUUUUGGGGAUUUUAAUGAGACCAAUGUAAGCCCUUUCCAAGAGGAGAUCAAACCAGCCGUUGACGAACAGUUGACAUUUUCAGGCCUUAGUGUUAAAUGUUCUGAGGCAGAUAAAGAGGAGGAAGAGUUCAGCGAGUUUGGAGAUUUUGGUUCACUUGCAAAAGAUGACGAGUCAAAAAAUUCACAAGACUUCGAUGAUUUUGCAGACUUUAACUCUGCCAGCAAUUUUAAACCUCAUUCAGACUGGAAUGCUUUUGAAGAUGACCAUUCAGAAGGGCCUUCAUGGGCAGUGUUUGUUGAUGAAAAGGACCCUUCACCUCCAGACUCUGAGACCUGGCCUUCAUUUAGGACACACGUACCAUCUAGCUCUGGAGACCGGGACGUAAAAACAGAAGAUCUCACUUUACCCGUAUUUCAGGAGUCUGGUCUAUCUUCUGUCAGCGAUCAAUCAACAGAUGCCUUUCAGCAGUCGUUACAGAGCCGUCUUGAGCGAGUCAUCCAGGUGUCUUUUCCUCUUCAUCCUGUUUUUCAAGUAGAAGAAAAUAUAUUGUGCUUGGAUCACUGGCUUAAAGCAGAGGCAAGUGAAGAAGCUGCAAAACCCAUGUCUAGCAUAAGAGAAGUGCUGGACAUCUGGCCUGAGCUGCAAAAGAUCCCUGAUGCUUAUGGACUAAAGUACCAGUGGGGUGGCUCUCACAGCAACAAGAAACUCCUCAGCUCCCUUGGAAUUGAUACAAGGAACAUUCUUUUUACAGGCAACAAAAAACAGCCAGUCAUUGUACCCAUGUAUGCAGCCAGCCUGGGUAUGCUAGAACCAACAAAGCCUUUAUCUGCUGCUGAAAAGAUCGCAUCAAUAGGGCAAUCUUCUCCUGUUCCUCCAGAAGAAAUAAUCUGUACUACUGAUCAAAUGCAGGAAUCCCUCCCACCUGUCCAGUUUGACUGGAGUAGCAGUGGCCUUACCAACCCUCUAGAUGCUAGUGGAGGUUCUGCUGUGCUAAACCUCGAUUUCUUUGGGCCCGUGGAUGACAGUGGUUCUAAUGCCACCACCACAAUCCCAGGUGUGGAUCCAGAGUUGUAUGAAUUGACAACAUCAAAGCUGGAAAGUGUUGGCGCUAGUAACAAAGUGACAGAUGCAUUUGCACGGCUCAUGUCCACUGCAGAGACCACAAGCACAUCGGCAAGGAAGCCCAGGCGGGAUGAGAACCUAAGUGAAGAGGCCACUAAGGUCAUCGCCAGCCUCCCUGAUUUAUCAUUCAUGCAUGCCAAGGUGUUAAUGUUCCCAGCCACACUAACACCUUCCACAAGUGCUCCGGACAAGGCUGAGUGAGAUAAGGAGAACGUCGGUGGGAGAGAAAUUUUCCAGAAUCAUUUGGAUGUUUUAUAUCCAAGCUUUUUAAAAGAUUUAAAAUGAAUAAAUAAAAAAGUGUUGUUGCUUUUUUUUUUUCCUAAAAGUGAAAUAAUUCCGAGGAAAUGUGGGCGAGCAGCACUAAAGGGUAUAUACAUUUUCAUGUAUAAGUAAACACUGAAUUCUACGUUUCUAUACGAAAUCAAACCACAAAAAAGAGAGAAUUUGUAUAUAAUGGCAACGGGUGAACUUUUUUUUUUUUUUUUUGAUGUUAGGUAAAUACACUGAUUGAUUCUUUCUUAUAAAAUGAAAAACAGAUAAAAUGUGAAGCUAGACACCCAUACAUUCACUGCCUGUGCCGUAUGUCCCCGACCCUAUUGAUGUGAAUGUUGUGCUACAUUUGCAAUGUGUUUUGUGUGUCAGUGGAACAGGAAUGGAGCAGAGGGGUCUGACAUGUGAGACCCUCCCACUGCAAAAGGGAAAUGCCUUGCAUUGAAUACUAGUGCAUUAUGGGAGCAGCAGAGGGCAUUGUGGGUAUGACAUUUGCAUAUGUUUUGUUUCUUUCGCUGCUGUAUUUUAUGAUUCUGAGCAUAUCUUAUCCCCCCCGCACCCCUGUGUCUCUGUCUUGUUUUGUUUCUAUGUUACAAUUAGUUAAGAUCCUUAUAAAGAUCGAUUGGGGGUUCUCAACUGAUUCUGGGUAUAUAGCCAGCUUGAUUUUGGGUGAAGAGGGACCAAAAUAACAUGAAUGUCUUUGCGAGGAAUACUCCUGUUUUGUGUCUGUUGUACCACUAUCUUUCUGAUUUGCACAAUGUAAAGAAGCAUAAUCAUAGGUCGCUAUGGUUUUAGACUGUACAUAUACGUACGGAAGAAUUUGGGAUGUGUAUGUCAGGGGAAUAUUCCUAUGGAAAAAAAUAUUUGGAUCUGUAAGAACAAGGUCUAAGCACAUGCCCAGGUUCUUUUCAAAUGUAAGCGUGUACAUUUUCUUUUAGCUUACACUCAAAUAAAAUUAUUUUAAAACCA